AUUGUCAGAAUUCUAGACUCUGUGAACUUCCAUCUUUGAAACCUUCCUUACUUCUUCGUCCCGAUGACUCUAGGAGUAACAGGUUUUAACUGAUAUUUUCAGCCCAAGAACUGGAUAAUCCAAAAUUGCCAUCUUCCUCUCCCUGAUUUGUUUUCAAUGGCUGGAAUUUGUAGAUUUCUCCAUAUUCUAGUUACUCUGGCUACAGUUUGUUCCAUUGCCUUAGCUAAGGACCAAAACCAGUUUAUCCACGAAGGCUUUCAUGAAGCCAAUCUUCAUCUUAAUGGAAUUGCCAAAAUCCACCCAAAUGGCCUAUUGGAGUUAACAAACAGUUCAUAUCAACAGAUUGGUCGUGCUUUCUUUCCUUUGCCUAUCAAGUUUAAUACAUCAUCGUCCAAUAACUCUGGUUCUCUGUCAUUCUCUUCCAUCUUUGUCUUUGCCAUGGUCCCUGAGUUUCCCAAACUCGGCGGCCAUGGCCUUGCCUUCACUAUCUCACCAUCUAUGGAGCUCACGGGAGCUGUAGCUAGCCAGUAUUUUGGACUUUUCAACACUAGAACCAAUGGCCGCUCAACCAACCAUGUGUUUGCAAUAGAGCUGGAUACUAUCAAAAGCCCUGAGUUUGAAGAUAUCGAUGCCAACCAUGUAGGAAUUGAUGUCAACAACUUGCUGUCCAACGCAUCAGCUCCAGCAACUUAUUAUUCAGAGACGGAAGGGAAAAAUAAGACCCUGGAGCUCAUAAGUGGAAAGCCAAUUCAGGUGUGGAUAGAUUAUGAUGAAAGAGAGAUGCUACUUCAAGUAACACUAGCUCCUCUUAGAACCAAGAAGCCAAGGCGCCCUCUUUUGUCAGCAAAGCUUGAUCUUUCUCAAGUAUUCUUGAAAUACAUGUAUGUUGGUUUCUCUGCAUCGACCGGGGCAAUGUCAAGUAAUCAGUACAUUCUUGGAUGGAGCUUCAAUAAAAGUGGGCAAGCACAAAGCCUUGACUACUCCAAGCUUCCUUCUCCACCCCAUCGUAGAUAUCCCGCGAAGAAAGUAGAUUUCAGGAUCAUGGUUCCAUUGCUAAUUAUGAGUCUUCUGGUUAUAUUUUUCAUUGGAGCUGCUUACAAGACAUGGAGGAAGAAAUAUGAAGAAAUAAGAGAAGACUGGGAACAGGAAUAUGGUCCUCAGAGAUUCUGUUACAGGGAUCUUUACAAAGCAACAAAUGGUUUCAAAGAAAGAGAACUCCUAGGAGUUGGUGGUUUCGGAGAGGUUUACAAGGGAGCUUUACCUUCUUCCCAUGAACAAGUUGCAAUCAAAAGGGUCUCCCACAAUUCAAAACAAGGGAUGAAGGAAUUCGUAGCUGAAAUUGCUAGCAUGGGAAGGCUAAGGCAUAGGAACUUGGUGCAGCUCCUAGGCUAUUGCAGGAGAAAGGGAGAGCUUCUCUUGGUCUAUGAUUUCAUGCCCAAUGGAAGUCUUGACAAGUUCUUAUUUAGCAAUGUAAAACCGAACCUAAAUUGGGUUCAAAGAUUUCAAAUCCUUAAAGGAGUAGCAUCAGCACUUCUUUACCUUCACGAACAAUGGGAUCAAGUUGUGAUUCACAGAGAUAUAAAAGCUAGCAAUAUUCUACUAGAUGCCCUUCUUAAUGGAAGACUAGGAGAUUUUGGGCUAGCUAAAUUCCAUGAGCAUGGGGCCACUCCUCAAACCACUCAUGUGGUCGGUACUGUGGGAUACAUUGCACCAGAGCUCGCUAGAACUGGUCAGGCCACAACCAGCUCUGAUGUGUUUGCUUUUGGGAACUUAAUGCUGGAAAUAGCUUGUGGAAGGAGAACUUUAGAACCAGAAAGACCGCCAGAAGAGAUAAUUUUGGUUGAUUGGGUUCUUCAAUUCUGGAAAACUGAUCUGAUUCUUCAGACAAAUGACCCAAGAUUGGAAGGUAACUAUGUGGUGACAGAAAUGGAAUUGGUACUGAAGCUGGGUUUGCUGUGUGCACAUCCUGCACCAGCAAGUAGGCCUAGCAUGAGCACAGUGGUACAAUACUUAAAUGGGAGUGCCUCCUUGCCAGAGUUGCUACUUGAUGGUGCCAGUGAUUGUGUGAUUACAGUUCCUCAUCAAACAUCUGUCAAUGAUAUGUCAUUUCCUGCAUCAUGUGACAACUUUUCUGCCAAUUCCUUGUCUAGUACAACUGAUUCCAUUCUCAGCUGUGGUCGCUGAAUUUGUUAGUAUUUUUCAAGGCUCAGUAUGGUGAAAAUACAGCAAGCUUAUGUCUGUUUAACUGCAACAAACGUCAAGCAGAGAGUAGUAACGGAGAGGCCUAUUUGGCUUAGCUGAUGUAAUCGGGGUGGUGUAGAAAGAUAUCUCACGUUCCAAUCGUAAAGCUCUCUUAUUGUACCAAAAAAUAGAUAAAUGAAGGAGCAGUUAUGGUGAGAGGAGGUUGAGAAAUUUGAA